ACAGGCUGAUCAUGAGGCCCUGUGGGCAGAAGAAGAGGAGGAGAAGGAGGAGGCGUGCUCCGCUUUACAGCGUUUUCUCCUCCCUCACAGCUCUGCUCGCGCAUCCCGGUGCAGAUCUGUCUCAUUUUCUCCUGUUGAAGCUCGAGCGGCGGCUGCGCACUGCCGAAACUGAGAGAGAGAGAGAGAGAAAAGAGGAGAGAGAGCGGAGAGAGGAGCCAUGGGGGGGAAGAGAGAGCCGGUACAGCAGCAACACACUUCAGCUUCAAAAUAAAGUAGGGGUGAGAGGAGCAGCGCGGAGAGCUGGGGGCGAGUUCCUAACGUCGGCCUGAGGGGCAGCGAGAGUGGAAACCCGCGCAGUCCGGCUGUGAGAAACGCUUCAUUCCUCACCUGCGUCUGUAUCUAAGCUCAAAAUCUGGAAUACAUGAUGAAAUUUAAGCCAAACCAGACAAGGACGUACGACGGCGAAGGCUUCAAAAAGCGGGCCGCGUGUCUGUGCUUCAAGAACGACCGCGAGGACGAGGUGUUGCUUGUGAGCAGCAGCCGGCACCCGGAUCAGUGGAUCGUUCCGGGAGGGGGGAUGGAGCCGGAGGAGGAGCCGUGUGGAGCAGCCGUAAGGGAAGUCUAUGAAGAGGCUGGUGUAAGGGGCAACCUUGGCAGGCUACUGGGGGUUUUUGAGCAGAACCAAGACAGCAAGCAUCGAACGUAUGUGUAUGUGCUUACCGUGACAGAGACACUGGAGGACUGGGAGGACUCUGUUAACAUUGGUCGCAAGAGAAAGUGGUUUAAGAUUGACGAGGCCAUCCGGGUGCUGCAGUGCCACAAGCCGGUCCAUGCUGAGUACCUCCGCAGACUCACCCCUCGCUGUGGCCCCACCAACGGCAACGGCCAGGAACCCAUGGCCCUGGAUGAUAAUGCCCCCCUCCACCAAAGCACCUCACAGGACUGUGGCCUGCCGCGCUUGCACAGAUAGAACUGCCAACAGGGGGCAUCUGUGUGCCACACAAAGAAAGUUCUCCUAGGACUAGAAAAGACUAUUUUUUUGCAUGUGUCAUUUCCAUGUUUACUAUUUGAGAGAUGUUUUUAUAACUGUUUAGAAACCAAAGACUUGUGGAGAAUCUGUCUUUGACCUGUGGGUCAAGCUUGUAGUGUGUGUAUAGAGGGUUUUUUUUUUCUUUGCAGAAGGUUUCGUACAGCCAAACAAUUGUUGGAAUUGAGUAGGAAGUGAAGACUAUCACUGGUGGACGUUUUGGAGUGUGAACUAUGGCUGCGUGCCUUUGAUGGAAUUACGAAGAGGCGAAAGAGUCCCGAAAAACAACUGUUGAAUUUGUAGUGUUAUUUAUUCAUGGUUUGAGUGGUGGUUUAAAGAAUGUUGAAAAUGAAUCUCAAGCUUCAUUAGAUGUUAACAGGUUCAUAAAGCUGUGCAAAAAAUACUUGAUGUAAAAAUUCACAGCCAAAUUUGCAAAAAAGGAUCUUUUUUUUUUUUUUAAAUGCUAUUUUCUUAAACAUGUCAUAGUACAAUAGUAUGACUUGAAAUGAAGGAGGCAGGUGCCUUUAAAGGAGAUCAUGCUCUGAAGCAUCCUCAAGUUCAAUGCUUUUGAUCGCUGUAGAUGACAUUUUUUGCCGAUACUGUAGGUCUAACAUGCUGUGAACGUUUGAAUUGUUUUCACGGGUUGGUCUUAAAUGUGAACUCAACCUAUUAAACAAUGUAAGCUCAUGUUAUCUUCAUUUUCCAAGCACUUAAAGAAACUUUAGAUAAGCCUGUUUCCCAGUGUAACUGUAACUAAACUAUUUUUGAAAUUUAUGUAAACUAACCAUGUUGAAA